CCACCGGGCUAUUUAAACAGAGCAAAGUCCGCACAAGUUCCCCGGAGCUGGGCAGAGCGCAGGCCAGCGCCCCAGCAGAGGCAGCUGCGGACCCCAGCUCGCAGGCUUGCUUCGGAGUCCUGGGUCCCCAGAGCCCAUGCAGUUGACCGUGGGCCCGGUGCUGUCCGCCUUCCUGCGGGAGCUCCCCAGCGGGUUCCUGUUCGCGGGGGUCUUCCUGCCCGGGGCUCUGCUGCUUUUCCUCCUUAUCGCCUGCUUCAGGGUCAGCCUGCUGGAGGUAAAUGAAGAACUGUCUCCGACUCCUGAUGGCCAACCCAAGUGCAAGGGCUGCUCUCCCCUGGCCCGGCGAACGAAACGGAGGUGACCGUUGGAAUGGAUCAAUGGCUAAAGCACAAUGAGCCUCUGAUCACAGAUGAAUGGUCCACACUUGAGCUAAUAAAGUAGACUAGCCAGGCAUGGUGGCGCACACAUGCAAUCUCAGCACUCACGAGGCUGAGGCAAAACAAUCAUUGCAAG